AUGUACCGGGCUUACGCUGGGGACAUGGAAAUUGUCCAGCGAGCCCUGCACCAACGCUACGGAUCUCUUGUACGAAUCGCGCCCAAUGAAGUCUCAGUCUCUGAUCCAGCGGCCAUCCCCAAGAUCUUCCGAACGCAGAGGCCACUGCAGAAAACGGAUUAUUACCUCGUGUAUCGGAAUACGGACAUUACUAAGCAGCCAGACAUGUUCACUUCAAUAGACGAAGUCGAGCAUGCCAAUUAUCGUAAAAUCGUAAAUCCGAUCUAUCUGAUGAGCAGUGUGUUGAAGAGUGAAGAUGCGAUUGAUGAAUGCACAACUCUGUUUCUGAAGAGAUUAGGUGAACAUGCGGAUCAGCGGAGAGAGAUAGAUUUUGGAGAGUGGUUGGAGAUGUACGCUUACGACAUCAUUGGUCAAGUCUUUUUUGGCAAGAUGUUUGGUUUUCUCGAGAGCGGUCGCGAUUAUGGUAAUUAUAUCGCCUCGCUGGACGUUAUCAUGCCGGUGCUCAAUCUCCUCGGGACUACGCCCAAGUUUCUUCGCCCACUGGUUCUCUUUUCAUCUAUCCUCUUCCCAGGUGUUUUUACAGCUGUGAAGGCCGUUGGUCAUAUGCAAAAACAGGCUAUCGAUAUUGCCAACAACAGGAAGAAAGAGAUUGCUGAGAAGUGUGGACCACGCAACGACGUUCUCUCCCAGCUAUUCCACAUUGUUGGCGACAGAGGAGAAAAGCUCAAUUUUGGUCACCCAGAGGCCACCAACGAAGCGUACACUGGAAUCCUUGCCGGAGCCGACAGCACUGCCAUUGAGCUACGAGCAUGCUUUUACUAUCUCAUGAAGAACUCUAGCGCUCUCGCAAGAGUCCUCGCCGAGAUCGAUGCUGCUGAUGCUACUGGGUCACUCAGCUCUCCGAUUAAGUUCUCCGAGUCAAAGAAUCUUCCAUUUGUCUCUGCUUGCAUCAAGGAGGCACUACGAAUGUUCCCAAGCGUCUCUCUAGGUAUGCAACGCCACCCGCCACCUGAAGGCAUGGGCCUCUUCGGAAAGCACAUCCCCACUACGUACCGCGUCAGCAUGAAUCCCGCCGUCGUCCAUUUCGACAAAGGCGUGUUUGGAGACGACUCAUAUGAAUACAGGCCUGAGAGAUGGCUUGCCGGCGAAGAACGGACUCGGAUCAUGGACAAGAGCAUGCUGGUGUUCGGAGCCGGAACUAGGACAUGUACUGGCCAGAAUAUCGCUCUUUCACAAAUCCACAAACUGGUGCCGGAGAUUUUGAGAUAUUUCACUUUGGAGAUGGCACAUAGUCGGCCGUGGAAGACAAGGAAUUCUUUUUUUAUUAAGCAGAAAGAUGUUAUCGUGAAAAUUAAGCGUAGG